AUGGCGAAGCGGCUCCCGAAGCCUCCCCGCCUCCUGCUGCCCGGAGCCUCGGGGGACGGCGGCGGCCCUUGCCCGGGGGAGGCCGCGGGCGGAGGCGAGCUGCUGGCCGAGGCGCUGCGGGACUUCCAGCACGUGCUGCACGAGCUCGCCCAGGAGCCUCGACGGCGGCGGCGGCUGCCUUCCCCGGAGCUCAGCCGGAAGCAGCAGCGGCCCGGAGGCGGCGGGGCCGGGAGCGCCUGGGCAGGUGCAGAUUCACUCUACAGGAACAGCUUCAGUCUUCGUGAUGAAAAGCUGGAUUCUCCAGCCCUGCCUGCUCCAGCUGCAGCUGCUUCUGCAACAGCUAUUCACAAAGCAAAGCUUGGAGACACAAAAGAGCUGGAAGAGCUUAUUGCUGACCUUGAUAGGACCUUGGCAAGUAUGUGAGCCAGGUGUUUUGGCAGGAGUGUCCAGCUGUGUCUGAGCUGAUACCCACCCGGGUCGAUGUCAGAGGGGGGGGGCUCCGAAGUCUGUCUGGCCGUCUCCUCCUGCCCUUGUAAGCACUCUUAACUGUUGUGUCUUUCCCUCCAGAUGUAAAUAACACAUUUUCUGGUGUGCUUUUUUCAUAAAAUAUAGUUCAAGAUUAAUGUAUAUGUACUUUAAGGAAAAUAUUUGCAAUUUUAUACAGCUAACUUUAUUAAUACGUUCUUGUUUUGUUUUUACAAUGUAUUUUUGUAUACAAUUAAACUCUGAAAUGGAA